CGGGUAAGAGAACAAAAUUCGCGAUAGACAAUCCCGUAGGAUAGGAGCAGAAAGAAAUUUCGUCCGUAUAUAUAGCCGGUGAUUGGACUGUGAGGAGCAUAGUUCAAAUCUGCACUGCGUCCAGUUCUGAGUUAUAAACGUUCAAAAUGAAAUUCUUCAUCGUUGCUCUGGCCCUCCUCGCCGUGGUUGCUGCCCAAGAUGACAAGUACACCACCAAGUACGAUAGCGUCGAUAUCGAUGAGAUCCUGAAGUCCGAACGCUUGUUCAAGAACUACUACGCCUGUCUUAUGGAUACCGGAGCUUGCACCCCAGAUGUCAACGAACUGAAGCGUGUCCUGCCCGAUGCCCUGGAGAACAACUGUGCCAAGUGUAGCGAGAAGCAGCAGAACGACAGCACCAAGACCAUCAAGUACCUGACCGAGAACAAGCCAGAGGAAUGGAAGGCUCUGAAGGCCAAGUACGAUCCCGAUAACAAGUAUGUCGAGAAGUACGUCGCCGAUGCUGACAAGGAAGGAAUCAAGCUGUAAACUGCGUAAGAUUCUGUGAUUAAGACUGAACUGAAGCUCGAUGGGUAAUCGACUUAUUGCUGUGAUAUUGGUGAUGAUUAUGCGUUUCACGAUUGAACAACCGCGACUCCGAUCAAAUGUAGUUCUGUUGAAUCCACAGUGUAGUGAACUUAAUGUGACAAUAAAUGGAUUUCAGUAACUAAAA